AUGCCACAAUAUACUGGAUAUGAUUUAAUUGAAGAUGAUGAGAAGGAUCAAUUAAUACUUAAUAACUUUUUAAAUCCAGGUGAAUCCACAAAAAAUUACACAUCAAUAUUAAGAGAUACAAUAGUCAGAAUUCAAAAUGAUAGCGAUACAGAGGAUGGUUAUCUGUUGGUAAAGGGUUUCAAUAAAAAUUUUAAAAAAAUAAUCAAACCAAGUUCUUUAUUAGAGUUUAGGAUUUCAGGGACAUUAAAGACAGACAAAUUUGUAAACAUUGGUAAUACAAGAUUAAUAAUAACCACUGAUUCAGCCAAAGAUGCACCAGUUUUAAAUAGUUGUAAAGUUAAUUAA